AUGGCUGUACGAAGAAAACUAAAUAUCCACACAACAGUGCUUAGCGCUUCACUAAACUAUAAUGACACAAACGUAUUUAUUGCCUCCUCACCUGUUGCACAAAAGUCUCCGAGAUUAAGAUCUCAUCUAAAAAUUAAGAUUUUGCCUCACAAGCAGCCUGAUAAUUUAAACAGAUCAUUGUUCAGGCCUUCGAAAUUAACAAAUUCUUAUAACUUUGAGACAGCUGAAAGAAGCAGCUCUGCAAAGAGAUAUAUCACUUCACAAGGAUUGUCAAGUCUUCUUUCAAAAAGGACUAAUCUCCCGAUAGUGGACAGAAACUCUUCAAGACCAUUUUCUGCUUUAAGUUCUGCAGGAUAUAUGAUAAAAGAUUAUAGAAAAAAGAAUAAUGGGAACACAGGGAAUAUAAAUAUCAAAAAUAAAUUGAUAAAAAAUGAAUUUAGAGUAAAGGUCAUGCAAAAAGUGGAAAGGAUUGCUCUGCGCGAUUUAAAUCAUGCAAAAGGGAAAUUUGAUGGGAUUAGUGAGAGAGGCUGUGAAACUGAAAAAUCAAAAAUUAUUAAUUUAAUCGCGGUGCCGAAUAGAGAUGAUAUUGAAAAUCAUUUUGAUAAUAGAGUGUUAGUGGAGUCGCCUGAUAAGCAGAAGUACACAUUGGAAAGCGAAAGCCCAUCGCCAUCUUAUGCACCAAGAUAUGAAGAAUUUUAA